AAACCAGUAUGAUUUUCUCCUGGAUUAUGGGUUACACUAGAGAUGAGAUAUGUGGAAGUCUCCUCACCGGUGGAAAGUUUAAUUUGCAGUGUCAGGCGAGCAAAACUCAAUUAGAUUUUUUCUUAACUAAUGAAAUUAAACCAAAUCAAAUCUUAAAAUUAACUUUCCACUUUCAUCUUUCAACUAAUUUAAAGUUUAAAAUGAUCCUUUUCCAUUUGGACAUUAUGUUCUUUAGAAAAAACACAGACACAUUUUUUUUUGGUAUGUGAUCUUUCCUUGCUACCUACCCAAGCAGCAAGUCCCUUGCAGAUAUAUUUUUAAAGAUAUAUCUCUUCCGUGACCAAUAGAUUGAAUCUUUUUAAUAUACUAACUCUUAAGAAGGAAAGGAAAAAGUUUAUUUAACUAUUUCUCACUUUCAUCUAUGUUCUUUUCUCCUUAGGGUGAAUUGCUUAUGUUUUAUUCCUCAUCUGUAAGUCUUUUGUAAAAGUGUCUGCUAAAGAAAUCACUGUAAAUAUCCACAUACAUGUAUCCAAACACACACAAACACACAAGUUUCCAUGUUUUAUGGGGACAUUUGUAGACAUAAUGAUUUUAUACUGUACAAACUUUCCGUAGACAUAAUGAUUUUUAUACUGUUCAAACUUUCCAUAGACAUAAUGAUUUUUAUACUGUACCAACUGUAUAUUCUAUACCCUCACCCUAACCCUACCCCUAAGCCCACACUGUAAAAACAUAUUUUCAUGAUUUGUUAUCACAACAUUUUUUCUUUUGUCAAAUCAACUUAGAUAAUUAAUGUGGUUCAGAUAACAUAAUAUUUUGAGUUUCUGUUGAUUAAACCAAUCGCUCAAAUUUUUAAUUUCAAUGAACUCAGAAUUUUAAGGCAACCAGGUAACUUACUUUUUAAGUUAAACCAACAAUUCUUUUUACAGUGCACCCAUCACAAAAAAACUUUCAGAUUUUUUUAUAUUUAAAAAAAAAAAAAAAAAAAAAAAAAAAUCAUUCUGUUUGAUUUACAUGGGGUUUACACACACACACUGGGGUCAAAACGAUUUUUUCUAAAAGUUUUUGAAAGAAGUCUCUUAUGCUCACUAAAGCUGCAUUUUAUUUGAUUUCAAAAUAUAGUGAAAACAGUAAUAUUACUAAAUAUUAUUGCAAUUUAAAAUAACUGUUUUCUAUUUUAAUUUAUUUUAAAAUGUAAUUUAUUGUGAUGGCAAAGUUGAAUUUUCAGCAGCAAUUAUUCCAGUCUUCAAUGUCAUAUGAUCCUACAAAAAACAUUCUAAUAUGCUGACUUGGUGCUUCAGAAACUUUUGUUUUUAUACCAUGGUCUGUCUGAAUACUUUAUUCUGAUUGGCUGGAAGGUGUGCAUUAAAACCGCUACUGAAUCGCUACAUUAUAUUAAUCAGCAACAAGGGGGUAACAUCGCUGUUUUUGAAAUAAUUAAACUCACAGCUUCAUUGUUAGUAGAGAGAGAGAGUUGCUGCCCCAUACUGACCCCAAAUUUUAGAAUAGUAGAGUGUACUAUAUGAAUAUAUAAUUUAUAUUAUUAAAUUUUAAUAUAAAAUCUGCAUUGUCCCCAUGAAAAAAACAGCUUGAUAAACAAAUAAAUAAUGUCUUUAUAAAAAUCUAGAAGGAUUUGUGUAAAGGUAGGUUUAGGAUUAGGGAAUAGAAAAUGUCAUUUGCUUAGUAUUAAAACAAAUAAUAUGGAAAAACAAACAUUUGUGUGGAGAAUGUGAAUAGAUUUGGUAAUAGCUGUCUGACAAAACUGCAUUCGCAAUAACCUUAGAUCUGAAGGACAGACAAGGUUGAAGGAUGUGGAGGGACAAUUGGAAGUGUCAGAGACAGAGAGAGAGAAUCAACAGGACAAGGAAACUUCUCUGAAUGACAGGAAAGCUUGAAAUGAAAGAGCAUUUAAAUUACAGCAGGAGGAUAAUGGCAAAGACGGUGGGAAAGACAGAUAGAAGCAGGAGUAAUAGAGGUAGAGAGAACAAACACGACAGGACAGGGAAGAAAAGAACAGACAUGGUGAAAAGGGACUCAGGAUGGAGAGAGAGAUAGAGAGAGAGAGAGAAUAAAAGCAUGAGAGAAUGAGGAGGGGGGAGGCAGGAUAAAUCUGUACAGCAUCAUGAUUAGGUAUCAGAAGCUUGUUCUGUGGUCUGGAGAGCAGAAGGCAGAUCACAUCAAACAGAUGAGACGCUCACCACAUCUGCUCUACAAACUGGACAAACAUCAUUUGUGAAUUUGUAUUUAUUCAUGUAUUUAUUCUGGAUUGCUUUCAUGCUUUUCUCAGCCAACACUACAAGAGCUGCAAACUUUUUGGAAACCGGACUAAAUCCAAAAGCGGCACCUGCGGAUAUAAAAGAUUCUGAAGAUAAGCAACACAUUUUGACUAAUUAAGAAGCAUCUUCAUGGACUUCCUUCUCAAAAUCAGCAGACUACAACUCCAGAGACGGAAAAGGUCACAUACACAGCUCCAAUCUUUCAUUCGAAUCUAUUUUAAUCAGCUGUGCUCUCUUCCCAGCUUCCUUCUCAUUUCAUCAUGAUUAUUCCCCAAGGUUGGAGAACUAGGUUGAUCGCAAUGGAGCGGGCGGAGGCUAUGGAUGAGCGGUUUGAUUGAGGAUGAAGGGUUAGUUCAUGCCAAAAACUCUCUUUUUUUUGACUGACGUACUUUUAAACUUACUUUUUCAGCUUCCAGUUCACACGCUACAGGCAUAUCACAACUUUAGGCAUAGGUAAACAAGAUCCAUGUGAGAUUUAUUCAAGAUUUAUAGAGUAAGACACCACCUCUCGCAUUCGCACGCCAAUCCGUGAGCUCAGGGAGUCACCGCCACGCGUCUCCCCACCUGCUCUCGCACCUUUCCUCAGGCAGAGAUCACAACUGCAACUCUCCAGCUGUCUCUUGUCGGCGUCACAAGCCGGCGAAGCUGCUAACAGCUGUUUCUCCUCUUUUUUUGGACACUUGUCUCUCUAUUUCUCGCUAAUUCCCUCCAUCUCUUUCCUCACCGUGUCAGUGUCACCAUCUUCAGUUUGACCCUCUUUGCCAGGAAGAGCGAGGGAGAGGGAGAGAAAUGCCAUCACCACAGCAGGGUCUUCAGCUGCCACACAAGUAGACUCACACAAGUGUUGAGAGAAGGAGAGAGAGACAGUGCGAAAGAUAGAAAAGGCCAAAAGGAGGUGAGAGGAAGCAAAGGCGAGAAAAGGAAACAAGAGGAGGCGGAGACGCACAGCUGAAGAAUGUACAGCUUGGGGUCGGGCUCGGAUGCAUCCAGACGGCACAGGCUCUAGGAGGCUGAAAUGGCCACUCCUCAAGGGUGUUGGGGUCCCUCUCUUCAACUCCUCUUCUUCUUUCAUCUGUUACUCAAUGUAGUGCCUCCCUGCCAGGGACGUCCAUUCUUUGGCCCUCCUUCGGUCAACGUGGCUGUGGUUUUCAGUGGUUUGGCUCACCACAGUGAGAUCAAAGGCCGCCUGAGUCCAGAAAACUUCCUAGACAUGCCCCUGGAAGUGAACCCCAUCACCGUGCUGGUGAAUGACACUAACCCCAGGGCUUUACUCACACGUCUCUGUCAGACUAUGGCAGCAGAGAGCCUCCACGGAGUGGUGUUUGAAGAUGACGUGGACUCAGAAGCUGUGGCACAAAUCUUAGACUUUAUCUCCUCUCAGACGUCCAUCCCCAUCAUAGGCAUCAGUGGAGGUUCUGCAGUUGUCAUCCCACAUAAAGCUGAAGGCUCUACCUUUCUCCAGAUGGGAGCUUCUAUAGAGCAGCAAAUAAAUGCAAUGUUCAAAGUGAUGGAGGAGUACAACUGGGGUAACUUUGUGGUGAUCACCAGUUUGUAUCCCGGCUACGAGACCUUUGUGGACUACAUUCGCUCCUUCACGGACACCAGCUACUUCCUGUGGGAGCUGCAGGAUGUGCUGAGCUUUGAGAUGUCCGUGGGGGCCAAUGACAUCCGCACACGUAGACUUCUACAGCAGGUGGACUCGCAGGUAUAUCUAGUGUACUGUUCCCAUGAGGAGGCGCAGUACUUGUUCAGGAUGGCAUCUGAUGUGGGGCUUCUGGGGCCUGGAUACAUCUGGGUCAUCCCCAGUCUGGCUGCGGGGAACCCUGAAGUGUCCCCUCCUGACAGUUUCCCAGUGGGCGUCAUCAGUAUUAUCACAGACCGCUGGAGGAAAACACUGCGCCAGAGGGUUCGGGAAGGAGUGGCAGUAAUAGUAAAAGGGGUGUACAGUUUCCACAAGUACAGAGGAUUCAUUCCCGAGGGUCACAGUGAUUGCAAUAGUCCUGCCAAAACAUAUGCCAACAAUUCUCUCUUCAGGCAUAUGCUGAAUGUGUCAUGGGAGCAUAAGGACCUCUCCUUCAACACUGAUGGCUAUCUCACUAAUCCUUCCAUGGUGAUCAUUGCUUUGGAUCGAGAAAGACACUGGGACAAGGUAGGAAACUUCGAGGGAGGGAUUUUGCAGAUGCGUUACCCUGUAUGGCCCCGUUAUGGCAGCUUUCUGGAGCCUGUGUCUGACAACCGCCACCUGACUGUGGCCACACUGGAGGAGAGGCCUUUUGUCAUCGUGGAGAGUGUUGAUCCUGCCACGGGCACCUGUGUUCGCAAUACUGUGCCGUGCCGUCGGCAGUCCAACAGGACUGAAAGUGUAACCGGUCACAAUGAGCCUUACACCAAACUCUGCUGCAAAGGCUUCUGCAUAGACAUCCUAAAGAAGCUCUCACGCACCAUCAAGUUUUCAUAUGACCUUUAUCUGGUAACCAAUGGGAAACAUGGCAAGAUGGUCCGUGGCGUCUGGAAUGGGAUGAUUGGAGAGGUCUUCUACAAGCGUGCAGAUAUGGCAAUUGGCUCUCUUACCAUCAAUGAGGAGCGGUCAGAGAUUGUUGACUUUUCAGUGCCAUUUGUGGAGACUGGGAUUAGUGUUAUGGUGGCCAGAAGCAAUGGAACAGUCUCACCUUCUGCCUUCCUGGAGCCUUACAGUCCAGCCGUGUGGGUUAUGAUGUUCGUAAUGUGCCUGACUGUUGUGGCAGUCACCGUGUUCGUCUUUGAGUACUUCAGCCCUGUUGGGUACAACCGGAGCCUUGUUAGUGCCAAAGCCCCUGGGGGUCCAACCUUCACCAUUGGGAAGUCUGUCUGGCUCCUGUGGGGAAUCGUCUUCAACAACUCUGUUCCUAUUGAAAACCCCAAAGGCACAACCAGCAAAAUUAUGGUCCUGGUUUGGGCUUUCUUUGCUGUCAUCUUCCUCGCCAGCUACACAGCCAAUUUAGCUGCCUUCAUGAUCCAAGAGCAGUAUAUUGACACCGUGUCUGGACUUAGUGACAAAAAGUUUCAAAAACCCCAGGAACAUUAUCCUCCUUUUCGCUUCGGGACAGUCCCAAACGGCAGCACCGAGAGGAACAUUCGAAGCAAUUACCCCGACAUGCACACCCACAUGAUAAAAUACAACCAGAAGGGAGUGGAAGAAGCUCUCAACAGCCUUAAGACAGGGAAGUUGGAUGCCUUCAUAUAUGAUGCAGCAGUUCUUAAUUAUAUGGCUGGCAAGGACGAGGGGUGCAAGCUGGUCACCAUUGGUAGUGGGAAGGUGUUUGCUACCACAGGCUACGGCAUUGCUCUGCAGAAGGACUCCCGCUGGAAGCGCCCCAUAGACCUGGCUCUCCUCCAGUUCCUGGGAGAUGGGGACACACAGAGACUGGAAACAGUAUGGCUGUCUGGAAUAUGUCAGAAUGAGAAAAAUGAGGUCAUGAGCUCUAAACUAGACAUAGACAACAUGGCAGGUGUUUUCUACAUGUUGCUCGUGGCCAUGGGCCUCAGCCUGCUGGUCUUUGCUUGGGAACAUCUACUUUACUGGAAACUGAGGCACUCUGUACACAAGUCUGAUCACUUAGACUUUCUACUGGCCAUCAGCAGGGGCAUAUACAGCUGCUUUAAUGGCGUUGAAGACAUUGGCAGAUCUACCAGCAUACAGAAUCCAGAUAUCACCGCCAAUUACGCCCAGGCCAACAUGCUGAAAAUGUUGCAGACAGCCAAGGACAUUGUCUCCUCAGCCAAAGUGGAGAACUCAUUGGAUAACGCCACCAAGACCAUUGAGAACUGGAGCAGACACAGCGGCAGCCUCCCAGCACGUAUUCCACUGGUGACCACAACUGAAAAAGUCCCUGGUCACUUCUCAUAUUUUACUAACAUCACGGAGAACCACAUACCUCACAUGCAGCGUUCCAUAACUCCACCUUUCACGCAACACACCAAAACCACUAGCCCACCACCGAUGGUAAACCACAGAGUCUUAACACGGCCCACUCCUCUUCGCUACACACUUCCCGCCAGGACCAGGGGUCUCUACGACGGUAUGCUUCCUGUAUCCAGUCUGAGUACACCUCAUCUAGCCAUGCAUGAUCCUCCACCCGACUUGGCCCAUCCUGGUUCUUCUUUUGUUCCAUAUAGAGACAUCUACACCGAACACCACAAGUCUUGUCACAAUGAUUUCUCAGAUGCCGUCAGGAGGAAAAAGAGACCCCAAAAUCUCUUGGUGGAGUCCAUGGAUCUCAGGGGGCUUCAUGAUUAUAAAGACCAAUCAACAUGUCAUACCGAAGCAAACAGUUUUGCUGAAAACCAUCUGUCCUCGUCCUUCGGUGAAAAUCCUUUCGUAGUGGCAGACACAGCUUGUAAUUCCUGUGUCAAAACGCACUUUGACCCUGCAUUCGAUGACAUACCGUUAAUAGGGAAAAGGAAGCUUCAUCGCAGACCGUCGUUCCUGAAAGCCACUUGGGGCCCCGACAGAGUCCGGUUCCCGGGUGACAGACCCAGUGCCGCAGCCUCCUCACGAGUAGCUAUACCUGACCUGUUCCCUUGUGUAGACGUACACGGACGGGUGAGGAACACCAUGUGUUACGCCCAACCGAUGGAUCACACCUACCUUCACGCCUUCCGGCGAAACACUAGGAAAAGUCAGAAGCUGAGACACAGCCAGUCCACCAGGCUUCCCACCUACAAGGAGGCGAUUUUCCACAACAUGGCAGCUGUCAGGAGGGCGUCCAGCUUGGUGCAUAGACCCUACUCCUACCCAGAGCUGCCAGUCUACCAGAGCCCGCUGUCAUAUGGACCAGCUGAAUUAUGCAACAUCUUCCCCUGUAUGGGACAUCCUAGUGACAGUGUAUAUGGAGGGUAUAGGGCACCCACACACCUACAGGAUGACCAUCUAGUGCCUGUUCCAGGCAGCAGGGUGGUUCAUAGCAGCCCUGUUGUGCCCAUGACAUGGGGCAGAAUUUCCAGUUUGGAAUCAGAGGUGUGAACUUGUCCUUCCAUGUGCCAAAUAUAAACUAUUUGGCCCACAAGCUUCUACUGACCAAUAAAAUUACUUCGCCUUUAACACGAGCAGAAACACAAACCAUGUUUUUUGGGUUUCAUUUGUUUUUUUUUGUUUUAUCUAUUUAAAAUUAAUUUAAUUUUUUAUUUAUUUUUUUAAAGUGCAAUAAUGUAAUAAUUAAGGGACGUAUUUAAGGAAACCAUCAAAUGCCAUCCUAAAUUUCGAAUGAAUGAAUUAAUGGACAUGUAGAACUGUAAAUGAUUAGCCGUUCUUAUCUCUUUAGUCCACAAAAUGCAAUAUAUUGCUAUAUGUAUUGGACUGGACGAAAGAUUUUUUCUUCAAAGGUUGUAGUAGAGAAGUCAAACUGAGACACUAAACUAUACGAAGUGUUCAUUUUGAAGUACAUUUGGUAUUAUACACUAUGUAAUUCUCUAUGAUACUGAAUUUUGUAAACACUUAAGACAUAUUGUCCGAUAUUUUUUAUUUUAAACAGCAGGGCUAUAUAAGUGGAUUUUUCAGGCUCUAACAUUCCCUUUCUGUUCAAUGUUCAAUCUCCUCUCACUCUCGCUCUCUCACUCUGCUGUGAGCGGGCUUUUGAAGAAGAGCAAAUUGAAUGGUACUCUAAUAUUAGCAUCAUCAAGGAUCUUCACACUUUAAUAAAUUACAAAGGACCAUCAGUUAGUCCUUUGUAACUGCUGUCUUCUUUAGAUGGCUGACGGAUAUAACUCUUUGAACACUGCCUUUUAUAUGCAGAGCCACAGCAUAUUUUAGACCGCUUUUAACAGGGAUUGGCUGUUUGCAGUUGCGACACGACGGAAAGAAGCAUUACCUUAAAAACGUCCAAAAAAAAAAAAAAUGUCUGCUGACACCCAUAAGAUCAGGUUUAGGGUAGAGUUUUGCUGUUGCCAUUGGAUGACUGCUACCAAGUCUGUUUGACCUGCAUACUGAACCUCACAUACCCACGAGGAAAUCUGUCUGUGCCUCAAAAUAAACUUGUGAUGCUCCAGAGUGUGAAAGAGCGAGAGAAGGAUGGUGCAACGGAUGGAAAAGAAGAGAAACUAGGAAAUGAGAAACCACACUUCCUUCAUUUGGGAUUUAAGCUACAAUAUCUGAAUGUUUAUGAGCUCAUGAGGCUCAUUUGAGGUUGUCAUGAGUGUCUCAUUAAAGCAACUCUGUGGAGUGAUUAUACAGGAGGACGUGUUACCAAAAAGUGUCCUUUACUCUAGGAUUUCAUUAUGUCGGCUGUCUCCACCGUACAGCGUUCUCGCGACGCCCAAGGUGACCUAGGCUGGGGUAAUUAUGCUGUAAGGCUUUUGUUAUCUCCCGAUAAGGAGCCCUCUUUUCAAGCGCUGAGUGAGGAGCAUUUCAGAAUCUAAACAUCGAGAAACUUUACAUUUUUUCAUCACGAGCCUUUCUUUGUUAUUGCCAUAUUACAGUUCAUAGCACGGCAGCAGUGAUUUAAUCUUCAAUACCGCGAGCGUGAACAGAUAGAUUUAUGUACCACAGGAUAAUUGUACUUUUUUCAUAAUGUUUCUCCCAGUUCCGUGACUGACAUCAAAAAACAGGCCUGCUGCAGAACGACACACAUUUCAUUUUCAUAAAAAAAAAAACAAGCAAGAGGAGAGGCAGGCUAAAGCCAUCAUCAUCAUCAUCAUCAUCCCAGCAAAGUCUUAUUUCUUUGUGUUCCUGAAAAGCGUAUUAUUGAAUGAUCUUGUGAGUUGAUAAAUGAUUCAAUACAUGCAUAUAAAAACAUCAAGGGAGGCUGGGGAUCGUCCUCUGGAAGAAAUAAGCAGCAAUAUAUCAACGCCACAGGUAGCUGUGGUGAAAAAUGAAAUGCAUUUAAAAGUCAAGGGGGCCUAGUCUCAUCCAGCUUUGAGAAAGAUGCAAUGGAAUGACGAGGCAGACGUGUGUUUUCGAAACAUUAAUAAUUCACGUGUUCAUUUGAAUCUGUCUGAUCAUUUUAAAGAUUUGCUUAGAAUUCAGCCCCCUCGGAAUCGCCCAAGGCAUGUAUUUCCACUCAAGUGGUAAAAAGAGCGAUGUUUUUACAAUUUUAUAUUAGACUUAACACUGAUAAAAAAAAAAAAAAUGGUGUAGAAACAACUUGCACUCAGAAACUGCUAGUAAAUUUCACAAAUAAUUACAAAGAAACAUUGAAAUAAACAUGAAAUUUCAAAGUAGAAAGAAUGAAAUAGUAUUUUCUUUACAGUGUAUUGUCACAGAGCCAUUAUAGAAAGAAAGAGAAAUGGAAAGGACUAGACAGAAAGAGGAAAGGAAAUGCACGCAUUUACAGACAUGCUCACAAUAAAACAAUUACUCACAUCUCCACUGUCACGCCUUCAUAUCAUUGCAUUUCUCUGAAGCAUCAUUUCAGGGCUGCAAAUUGUCCCAGAUGCUGCUGGUCACCUUGAGCCAAGGGCUUCACAGCCUGGCGGGAGAGGGGAAAGGCGAUGGAGAAAGACACCACAGAGAGGCUGGCAGUCUGAAAUUCCAUCAAUUAACAACUGAACAAGCUAAUAAACGAGAAUAACUCACUGCCCGCAAACAACAAUGAACAACUGAAAAUAUAUAUACCUUUUUAUACUCUGUGUUCUGUUGCAAACCUAUCGGUACGGUAUUGAAUGUGGUUACAACAUGAAUGAUGUAAGUUAAUUUAGGUUACCACACAAUCACAAGUACAUUGUCUGCACUGAGCUUAUCCAAAUCAAAUGAGGUGAUUUUUAUCAAGUUGCUAGCACAAUGUUAAUUAACCUAUAUGAGUAUUACAUGUACUAUGCUGUUCUGUGUGUUUUAUCUCAUCGAAGAGUAGCAGUGAUAUCAGGAAUCCAGGGUCUGUCCUAAUCUAUCAAAUCUAUAAUUAAAGCUGUAACUAAGCGUUGCACAUUAAAAAGAAUUAUUCAAAAAAUACAUUGUUAUUAAUUUUAAUCACUACUUGGAAGUGGGUUCCAAUAGUAUAAUCAAUAGGUUUUUUUUUUAACUGGUUGAUUGUUAUGUCGCUGUUUUGUAAAAGUUUACAUCUGUCCAUUGGGUCUAGCUCUACAAAUGUUUUAUGUUCUGACUGUCAUAUCAUACUCAUGGAGAGACCUAGUGCUCACUGUUUUAAUUAAAGGAACCCUGUGCUGUGUGAA